CCAAAAUCAGCUAUACUGGUUCAUAGUGUUCCCGAGGGUGACAAAAUUCAAACUAAGUGCUUUUGUAGCUGACAUAAUUAUAACAUAAAUUAGGUAUAACUUUUGAACUGUGUAGAUAUGGGUCUCGGACGUACUUCACGCCCACCCUUUAAACUUAUGCUGAGCAAAUCUUGGUCUAUCCAUAAGACUUUUGAUGGUACGGUGUGAAUAUAUCCGCAUUGGGUUUCUACCCGAUACACUAGUUUUAUUAUUGAUUGCAGUCAAAGCAAUGAACUUGAACUGACUAUUCAGAAUGUACAACGAGAACAUCAUGGAACUUAUAAAUGCCUUGCAGUCAAUCGCAUUAGUAAAGAAGUUGAAGAAAUAAGUAUCAAUAUCCUAACGAUUCCAAAAGUUUCAAUUCGAGCAUCAUCUAUUGUCAUGAAAGAGAACUUAAAUUAUUCAUUAACCUGCAUUAUUGAAGACGCAAAGGAACAGAAAGUUGAAAUAAAUUGGACUGAUGAAAAUGGAAAAUUACUUCAGAAGGGUGGUGACGAAUACUCAUUUACUGCAGAUCAUCGAGACAACGGAAACAAAGUUAAAUGUCGAGUACACAAUAAUGACUUUGUCGUUGAGGACGUUAUUACUCUUAAAGUAAAUUAUCAACCACGAUUUGUUAAUAAACAAAAUCAGUCAAGUUUGCAGCUAUUUUAUGGCUCAAAAAUAACAUUUGACUGUUUAACAAUUGAGAAUCCUAAGAAGAACUCGUCAAAGUGGUUAUUUACGCAUAAAAAUUCGAAUAAAACUCAAACAGUUAUGGACUAUAGCAAUGACACUUUGAGUAUAUCAGAGCUUCUUGAGGAACAUGAAGGGCUUUAUGAGUGUAUUGUGACUAACGACGUUGGCGAGGUCAGAAGAGAAUUUUCGAUUGUUUUGCUUCCAAAAGAACCUCCAAAAGUUGCAACUAAAAAUAUCAUAAUUGCCAAAGAAGGUGAAGACGUUGAACUUUUUUGUGAAUGUAGAGAUUGCUUGCCUCUAGCAAACUUUACUUGGACCUACGACAAUAUUGGAAGUUAUGAAAAGUUUUUUAUUAAAAAUCAGGAGGAAAAUAUAUUCAAAACUAUAAUGAAAUUAAGCAAUGUCGAUGAAAAUGAUAAUGGAACAUUCUAUUGUAGCAUGUGGAAUGAAUUGGGUGAAGAUGAAGUUGCUAUUGACUUGUUAGUACAAACUUCACCAAAAAUAGAUGGAAUAAUUUUAAAUAAUGAAGAUUAUGAUGAGGAACGAGUAGCAGAAGUUGAUGAAAAGUUUGAAGUUUUAGAAGGGAAAAACUUUUCUGUUGAAUGUAUUGUUGCUGAUAGUUAUCCUGAACCUUCAAUUUAUUGGAUGAGAAAUAAUGAGAAAAUUACAAAUGAAUCAGUUCUGACAAUUGAGAGUGUUUUAGUAAGUGACGAAGGCAAUUAUGAAUGUUUUGCAGAAAAUGAUUUAGGAGUCACUAAAAAAGGAUUUCACGUGGAUGUUAAUUAUCCCCCAAGACGUAAACGAGAAGUUGAUACAUCCUAUGAAGUCCCGAAAGACAAUGAUGUUACACUAAAAUGUGAGCUAAUUGGAAAUCCACCUCCUAAAAUUUCCUGGAAACUUAAUUCAAAAGAAAUAAUGUCAAACGAGAAGUAUAAAGUUGAAGAAAAUUAUUUAAAGUUUAUGGCAAGUGCUGACGAUAGUGGAAUUUACAAGUGUAAUGGAACUAAUAAAUUCGGUCAUUCGACUAUCGACUUUUCCGUGAUUGUCAUGAAUCCUCCGCAGAUACUAGACCCAAAUGAUGAGUCAUUGAAGAUAAAGACUAAUUCAACUCUUAAAUUACUCUGCGAUGCAACUGGAUAUCCACUGCCCAAAAUAACAUUUUUAAGAAACAAAAAUAUUGUGUCCAAUGAAUCUCAUUUUGAGAUUAAAGCUGUUACACAAUCUGAUUCAGGAAGUUACAACUGUAUUGCAGAGAAUCAAAUUGGACAGAUCGAAAAGAUUUUCUACGUUUCAGUCGUAGAGGAAGCAAAAAUCAUUUCAGUAUUUGAAAAUCUAACGAUCAUAAAUAAUAACUCAAUUGAACUCAAUUGCUCAGCUACAGGACUUCCAAAGCCAAUCAUAAGUUGGAGGCAUGAUGAUAAGGAAAUCGGAAAUUCCACAGAUUCCUUAUUACUAGAUCAUUCUUAUAAUAGUGGCAAAAUAUCAUGUUAUGCACAGAACUCUGAAGGAAGUGAUGAGAAAUAUUUUUAUGUAGAUGUGGUCAAGAUGCCAAUUAUUUUGCCAGCAGCUACGACAGUAGAUAAAGAAAUUAAAUUGAAGGAAAAUGACAAUUUGGAGCUUUUAUGCCCGUUUGAAAAUUUCAAUGAUUUAGUUUGGAGCUUAAAUGGACACAAUUUAAAUAGUUCUGAAUACAAAGAACUUGAUGGAAAGAUAUUCAUCACUCAUGUAAACAGACGACAUAAUGGAACUUGGGAUUGCACUGUAUCUAAUGUUGCUGGUCAAGAAACAUUUUCGUAUGCUGUCAAUGUUCUCAUGCCUCCAAAGAUUUUUGCAAGUUGGAAUUUAAACGACAGCAUAACAGACUUCCUUUACUCUGAAACAGACAUUGACGAAAAAGUUUUGAAGAAAGGUGAAAAGUUGAUUCUGAAUUGCACAGUUGAUGGAAGUCCAUUACCAAAAAUUCAAUGGCGUAAAGGAACAGACUUGUUUGGCGAGGGAGAAAUUCUAUCGAUUGAUAAUUUGCACUUCCAUCAUAGUGACAUAUAUUCAUGCAUUGCUGAGAAUAGCCAGGGAAUCGUCAAAAAGUUUUUCAAAGUGGAUGUUACUUCGGCGCCAUACAUUGACGAUACAAUUUCACUUCAAACUAAGUUUCAAAAGAUGAUUGGAGAUUCUGUGAUAUUAAAAUGUAAUUCAAUUAUUGCGAAUCCAUCACCUCUUCAUUUUUGGUUUAAAGAUAAUGAACUUUUAGAUGACGAAGCUGACGAUACAAUGAUAAUAGAGCAUUUAAAGGCAACAGAUAGUGGAAAAUAUCGAUGCCUUGCUAAGAAUAAGUUAGGAUCUGCCAAGAUUGAGUAUGAAAUCAGCAUAUAUCAGCCAUCAAAAAUAUUGACGAUCAAUGAAGAAUCAACAGCAAAUGAGGAUUCAUUAAUAUUAAGUUGUACCUCAAAAGGAAAUCCUUUACCAAUUAUUGCUUGGACUCUAAAUGGGCAUAUUUUAUCAACAACAUCAAAGAUGAAUGUUGAAAAAUUGUUGAGACCCGAGAAUGACAAUAGAAUUUACUUCGAUGGAUAUGGCAAUGGAAUGAGCUUAUUAGAUCCCUUUCAAUUAAAAGUUUCAAGAAACAAAUUUUAUUCUAAGCUAUUGAAAAUUGACUCAAAUACUUUAAAGCUUGAUCUGAUCUUCAAAAACAAGAAGAACCUUCAUUUAAAUAAGUACAUCUGCUAUAGCUUUAACGGCUUAGGGAAGGAUGAAAAGUCCAUUAAAGUCACAAUCAAGCAAAAGCCACAUUUAGAAACACAAAAUAUAUUCAAAACAAGUGAUUAUGAAAUUUUAGAGCAAAUGCCACUACUGCUUAACUGUCCAAUUCAAGGUUAUCCUCAACCACAAAUUAAUUGGUUCAAAAAUGGUCUAAAAGUUUAUGAAAAUGAGACUGUAGAGUUUUUAAAGGAUCAGCAAUUUCUCAGAAUAUCUGAAGCAAAUUCAUGGAACUCUGGAAAUUAUUCUUGCAUUGCUAAAAACGAAGAAGGUGAAUCAGAAUUAAUAUUCAAUGUCUUGGUAUUGUCACCUCCGAAAAUUUUAAGACAACCUAAUGCUAAUUACCUUAACGAUGAGAAUCGAGAUAACUCUAAUCAUAAUGAGAAUGAAGAAAGGAUUGAUGUGCUUAAAGGAAGUAAUGUAAUUUUAGAAUGUACUGUAGAAGCAUCACCAAAAGCUAAAAUUCAUUGGGUAAAGCUUAACUUUUACGAUUCUUUCAAAGGAAAUGAACUUUUGAAGACGGAAGAAAACUUUUUGGCACUAAAUUCUUUGCAAGAAUCGAGCAGCUUCAUGUGUUAUGCAAACAACACUAUUGGUAACAUCCAAAAGUUCUUCUUUAUAAAUGUUCAGUAUCCCCCGACAUUGAGUGAAAAUGGUAAAUCUGAAGAAUAUUUAACAGUUAAAUUACAUCACAGCGUGAAUUUAGAAUGUCAUAUAAAGGCAUCGCCUGAAGCAAUUACAUAUUGGAGUUUUAAUUCAACAAAUCUGACGAAAUCGAAUGUUGAUUAUUACUUUUCAACAGAUAAUCAGAUAAUGAGAAUUACUAAUGCGAAUAGGAAUCAUGAAGGAAAAUACCUGUGCAAUAGUGUUAAUAAUCUCGGAUGGAUUCAAAAGGUUUUUUAUGUCAAGCUAGAGAUACCAAUUCAAUAUUCUCCUUGGUCUCAAUGGUCAGAUUGCAGUUCAAGUUGUGGCUCGAAUGGUGUUCAAUAUCGAUCAAGGACAUGUGUUCUAUUAGAUGCUGUUCCGUCUUAUAAUUGUUCUGGUGAGAAUGUUCAAGCUCGAAAAUGCAAUGAUAUUCCAUGUCCAAUUAACGGCGGUUGGAGUGAUUGGGUUGAAUGGAGUGAGUGUCCUGCCUGUUAUGAUACACAGUUGAAGAAGAAGUCAAAACAGAAGAGAUAUCGAAAGUGUGAUAAUCCAUUUCCUGCUUACGGUGGCUUAAAUUGUGAUGGAAAUAAUGAAGAAGAAAAAGAUUGCAAAUUAAGUCCUUGUCCUGUUGAUGGAAAAUGGAGUGAUUGGAGUAAUUGGUCACUAUGCAGUAAGACAUGUGGUAAAGGUUUAAAAACUAGAAAACGCUUUUGUAACAAGCCAUCACCAAUGCAUAAUGGAAAACCAUGUGACGGUGAAAAUUAUGAAGUUGAAGAAUGUAAAAUCAGACCUUGCAGUAACUACGGCAUGCUUAAAUCCUUAAAUAACAGAUAUGAUUCAACUGAGAGGUAUGAAGAGUUCUCCGAUUUUGGACUCAUGAACGAUCAAAACGGUAAGCCUAAAAUGUAUCAAUAUAUGCAGCAUAGAGAGAUGGAAUAUUCACCACCAGUCCAAGAUCGAGGCUUAAAAGUCAAAAUAACUCUCGACACUUACAAGCCGAUCUCUGCAGAGACUUAUAAUAGCCAUAUAAACAACUUAAAACCAAAUGUUGAUGAAGACAUUGAUCAGAUUGAGGAUUAUUUUGAAACGGAAUCAUUGGAAAGCAUUGAAUCAACAGAAGCAACUUUAAGAGUGACAACUGAAAGGAACUGUGGACAAGGAUUUAAAUAUAAUCAAGUUUAUAGGCAGUGUGAGGAAGUAGAUGAAUGUAAAUCAAAGGAAUUAAAUUCAUGUAUGAGUAAUGAAAGAUGCAUUAAUACUAUUGGAAGUUAUCGAUGUGAAAAAUUGUAUAAUUAA